GCUCCAAAGGGUCAGGCCCAGAAGUUUAGCCCGGCCCGGUACCGACCCGCAACCUAGCGGGGCCGUUUUUGGUCGGCCCGAUCCCUCAGGACGGAGAACGUUCGCGUGUCUUCUUCUUCUUAUCAUGUCGACUUACUUAUGCAGUACGGAUCAUCGAACACGGCCACAAGCGGAGCGACGUCGACACUCGUGUAAAAUGCCGGUGGAUCCGAGAACCGACAAGCUGAUACGGCGCACCGCCAUGGUGGGCUCCGCCACCGCCGCGUACUUCCUCCUCGCCUCCGACUACGCCCCCAUCCCCAACGCCCUCGACCCCAUAAAAAAAGCUAUAGAAUCGGCGCGGUUCUCUGUUAAGAGCUUUAUGUUUGGUUCAGAUAAGGACGCUCGAGAGGAUGAGAAGGAAAAUUCAAAGUUCACUAAUAGCCCGAAAAAGCAUAACAGCUCUGCAGAGUAACGCUAGUGACGAAAAGAACAAAUGUUGUGUGUGAAAAUGUUCCUUUACUAUUGUUUUACUGCACCUUUUGACAUGCUUGUAAAAGCUUUCUCAUAAGUCCGCUGAUAUAUUCUCAAUUGGUUGGAGGAUCAGAACAUCGAGUUAAGAAACAAUCAAACAUAUUAAUCACUCUGGUGCUAUACAAUACCACAUCUCCAUUAGCGAGAUUUGCGUUUA